UUGCAAAAGUUUUCAAAUCUCUUCAUUCGAUGUGGUGUACCAGAUAGUGUGACUGCUAGUCAGAUUUUAUCAGUCCUUACAUCAAUACAGUGUCAACCUAGUGACUCACAAAUUACUGAUGAUAAUGCUUGGUCAAUAGUUAGAGCUAUAUUGGAUUGGAUAGCAGAUGAUACUGACAGAAUGGAAGAAGGUAAUGUUUUAAUACCAGUUGAGAGUGAUUCCUCUUAUCCUCAGCUCCUACCUAUUGAGAAGGUAUCUUAUACUGAUAAUGAAAUGCUUCGAGAUAUUGCUAUUUCCUCAAAUGAAGAGUACAGCCUCAUGCAUCCUAAAGUGACUUACUUGGUUCCUGUACUAGGAAUAACCCCACUCAGUGAUCAUCUUGAUAUCACUGAGGAUGUGUUUGAUGAUGCCGGUCAACAUGAACCAUUAACAACACGACUUGGUAACAUCUUGAGAGAAUACAAAGAUGGCCUCACUAUUAUAAAAGAGAUGAUUCAAAAUGCCGAUGAUGCUGGAGCAACUGAAGUCAAUAUAUUAUAUGAUGAUCGAACACAUUCAACACAGAAGCUGUUAUUUAAAGGAAUGGCAGAGAGCCAUGGACCAGCAUUGAUUGUCCACAAUAACAGCACAUUCACCAAAGAGGACUUUGAAAACAUUACCAAACUGGCUGGUGCUACUAAAGCUAACCAGCCACUCAAAAUUGGUAAAUUUGGUGUUGGUUUUUGCUCAGUGUAUCACAUCACUGAUGUACCUUCCUUUGUUAGUGGUAAGUGGUUGUAUAUAUUUGAUCCAACACUUAAAUACCUUAAAGGUGUAGUUCGUAAUGAGAGUAGACCGGGUAAAAAAGUUCAGUAUCAGUCUAAGUUUUUAGCUCAGUCUCAACAAAUGGCUCCUUAUGAAAAUUUGUUUGGUUUCAAAUCUACUGCCGAUUACAAUGGUACCAUUUUCCGACUUCCUUUUAGAACAAGUGCGAGUCAAAUUAGCUCUACAAUUUAUAAUAAACAUCUUGUACAAAAAAUGAAGAAUGACCUCAUAGAAAAUGGCUCAAAGCUACUUCUUUUUUUACAGAAUGUUAAGCGUAUAACUUUUCACUCAAUGCAAGAGGAUGAAGUAUGUAUUAGCAGUAUCAAUGAAGAAAAUGGCAUUAAAUAUUGCAUAACUAAUUCUCCUGCUAACAACUCAGUUAGUGAAUAUUGGUUAGUAUCUUGCCAGGAACAGAAGUUACAAGCACAAGGAGGUGACUACCAGCCUGGAACUGCAUCCAUAGCUUGCCAGCUAGUUAAGGACAAUUCAAGUUUUGAAUGCAAAGCAAUUGAAGGUAGUGUGUUUUGUUUUCUUCCACUUUCACUGCCUUGCACUGGCCUACCAGUCCACGUUAAUGCUAACUUUGCUGUAAUGAGCAACAGGAGUGGUAUCUGGACUGGAGCUUCAUCUGAAGAGCCUUCUGAUUCAAGGGAGUAUUGGAAUAAGAAGCUGAUGACUACAAUCAUACCAAAAGCAUAUUGCAAUUUGUUAAAAAUGUUGAAAGAAAUGUGUAUUGUAGGGAGUCUGGUAUCAUAUGAAUUUUAUGCCUUGUGGCCACUAAGUAAGGAACUACAAAUGAAAUAUCCAUGGGAGGAUAUGAUUCCUGUUCUGCUUAAAUUAAUAUCACACGAAAGCUUGUUUUACUCCAGUUCAACUCAUCAGUGGUUGACAUUAAAUGAAUCCCAAUUCAUUACUUCGUUAUUUGGAUCAAGUGACUAUACUUCAUUUGAUAAAGCUGCCUCUGUUCUACAGCUACCAGUGGUCUCAUUACCAAAAUCUUAUUUAGAUGGGUUAAAAGAUACAGCUUGUAUAAUAAGUGAGAGCGUGUUUACUACUAAGUUUCUAAACAAGAUUGACUUAUUUUAUGACUGCUUUGAAACUCGAAACAAAAUUCUCCUCAUAAUGCUUUCAGCUAUUGGAUCUGAUCCUGGUAAAUACACUGAAUGCACAAAUGAGUUUAAAAAAGUUCCUUCAAUUCCUACUUCACCCAAUGGAGCUGCUCUCAAAUUAGCCGGUGAGCUAGUUGAUUCUGUAGAAUUUCAAGACAUGUUUGAUCCAGAAGAUGGCAUCUUUCCAUUGCAUGACUUUUAUGAUAACCCUCUAGUACGUGAAGCAAUGAUUAAGCAACUUAAUUUAAUGACUACCACUAUUUCAUGGGCUGCAAUCAUCAGCAGUGCCAAUACCAUUAAGUUACUAUUUGAUAGUGACAAAAACAAAGCACUUAGAAGAGUGAAACGUAUAAUCAAAUCUAUUGACCAAACUACAUAUAAAAGUUGCCCUGAUGAUGCUCUUAAAUCUGUUCCUUUUCUACCAGUGCUACAGAUGCCUGAAAACUACAUUUUGCCAUGGAAAGGAAAUGGCAGCACAGUUUUGCCACCUUCAGAAGUUUUAGCUGUGAGACACAGCACUGAUUUGUGGAAGGUUGGCAUUAUUGCUGGAAGCCAGAAAGCUAUUGUUAACAUUGAUUUUAUGGAUGGAUGUGGUUUAAUUCCACAUCGAGUGUUACAGCUACUAGAAAUUUCUACAAGGCCAACACUUGAUGAUGUUUUAAACCAUUUUCAGCUUUUGAUUGAGCUCAUGGCAGGUGAUAAUAGCAAACAAUUUCUUCAAGAGGAAGCCUCUUGGUCUCAUAUACAUGCUAUAUGUCGAAAUGUAUACGAAUUUUUUGAAAAUUUGCCAAAAACAGAGAUUGAACAAAAAUUAGGCUGCUAUUGUCACAAACCAUUUAUAUGGAAUGAUAAAGAAUUUGUAAGUCCAGCAAAUGUUGCAAAGAACUGGAAACUAGAAAAGGGUCCAAUUUUGUACAAGCUUCCUGGCAUUAUGUCGAUGAGAAAAAAUUUACAAGAGGUACUCAAUAUUCAGGAUAACUUUGAUCUACAUAAGCUGCUGGAUACUUUAGCUGAAUUGUACCAAAAAUAUAGUCAAAAUCCGUUGCCACCUGACUUUCAUGAAUUUAUUGAUCUAUUAGUGUCAGAAAUAGUUUCAGCAAAAGAGACCUGUGAAGGAAGAGAAGAGAUAAUAUUAGUUGAUCAAAAUUAUUUCUUGCGUCCAAACACUGACCUCUAUUACAAUGAUGCAAAGUGGCUCGAAAUUGAGGAAGAUAAAUAUCACUUUAUUCAUAAGAAUAUGACAAGUCAUAGAGCAGAAUCUUUGAGAGUGAAAUUCUAUCGAAGUAGUUUCUUAGACAAGUUUGCUGAUGAUUCAGCUUUUGGCUCAGAAUUUGGUCAGAGAGAGGACCUUACUCAGAGAAUUAAAAAUAUCUUACGAGACUAUCCACUUAAUGAGAGCUUUAUUAAGGAACUUCUGCAAAAUUCUGAUGAUGCAAAAGCAAAUAGAAUGUGUGUAAUAUUAGAUAAGAGACAUCAUGGUAAAGAAACUACCCUUUCAAAGGACUGGAGUAAUGAUUUACAAGGUCCCGCUCUCUUAGUUUGGAAUGAUACUGACUUCACUGAUAAAGAUUUGAUAGGCAUACAAAAGCUUGGUCUUGGCUCUAAACGAGAAGAUGAUGAAUCAAUUGGUCAGUUUGGUGUUGGUUUUAAUGUUGUUUAUCAUGUGACUGAUUGUCCUAGCUUUAUAUCAAGAAAUAACAGUAUUCUUUGUGUGUUUGAUCCUCACUGUCGAUAUGUGCAAGGAGCAAAUAAACUCCAUCCUGGAAGGCAAUAUGGGAACCUUAAUAAUGGCUUUUGGGAGAAGAUGAAAGACUUACGAAGUGCUUACCUUCAAGACCCUAUCCCUAACCAACCGGAAUAUUUGAAAACUGGGACCCUCUUUCGAUAUCCUCUUAGAUCAACAUACAGUCUUGUACAAAAAUCAGAGAUUUUAGAGAAUAAAGAAGUUCACUCUGCAGAAGGCAUGAAAGAAAUGCUUGAUAAAUGGGUCAUUAAGAUUGAAGAAGCACUUUUGUUCCUGAAUCACAUAUCACAGUUUGAGUAUUAUGUCAUUGAGAGUAUUGAGUGUGAGUUUAAGUUAAAAACUAGGUAUAGUGUGACUAUGAGUGAAACAGCAUUGGAUAGUCGUUGUAAUUACCAGUCACACUUAAGUGAGCAGUCUGCAUUAAAAAAGUCACAAAGAACUUGUGUUCCUAAAGUUUUUACAUAUACUCUCACCCUUCACAGUGAAGACUAUCGUUUUACUAGUAUUUCUAAACAGAAAGAACAGGAGUGGGUUAUUCAGCAGGGUGUGGGUGAUUUACUCAAAUCAGACCAGCAGUGGCAGUUUAUGGAUCAUGUACUACCUAAGCAUGGCUUGGCAGUUCCUUUGAAGCCAAUGCCAUACUUUUCAGGUAGAAUUUUCUGUUUUUUACCACUGCCUAUUAAUUCUAAACUCCCUGUUCAUGUAAAUGGUCAGUUUGUUUUGAGUAGCAAUCGUCGUGCUUUAUGGAGGGGAGGUGAUGAUGAGUAUAGUGAUAAAAUUAAUUGGAAUAAACAAAUGGUGGAAGCAAUAGCUUCAUCAUAUGUUCAUUUUCUUACAGAAUUGAGACAUCUUGUCAUUAUUGACUCUGGCUACAGUGAUAGGGAUGAGUUUUAUGCUGCUGUUAAUAGAUAUUAUGAAUUGUUUCCAUACUGGAUGUCAUCAAAAGUUUCUAAAGAUAAAACAAGUAGCAAUGCAUCACCCAAUGUCAGUGUUGGAAUUUUACCUAUGAUAACAUCAUAUAGUAAUAAUGGAACUACUUCUCAAUCAGCUACUGUAAAGAAAGAAAAAAUUCUUGAUCCUCAAUGGCUUUCUCUAGCUGAAUCAGUCUUUUUAAAGCUUUGGACAAUGAAUGUUGAAGUACUGGUAGUUGAAGCAUAUGAUAAGAGCAUUAUAAAACCUAAAUGGCACAUGCUUCACAAUGAUGCUAAACCAUUCUCUCAAGUUUACUUUCAACCUGGUCCAAGAUCAAAGUAUGUAUUAUCAAUCCUGAGAAAGAUAGGUAUGACACUCACUUGUGCCUCCAAGGACUUACACAAGCACUGCAAGGAAUUUGGAUCUUUCAUUGCUAAACCAAAUAAAACAUUUGAUUUCUACAAAAAAUUCCAUUCACACAUAGUCAGCUCCAAUUCUGAACCUGUCUCAUCUACUCCUUUUGUAACGGAACAAAAUUUUUGUGACUUCCUAAGGUACAUAAUGAAGAAAUCUGAGAGUAGUUACAAAUUUGAAUUUUUUGAGCUUCCAUAUGAUUUGCCACUUCUAUUAACAGCAGACAGUUGCAUCAGAUUUUUUAAAAAAGAUAAUAAAGUUUUGUGCAGUAAGUAUUCUAAACUUUUUCCAAAAAGUGAUAGUGCUUUUGUACAUCCUGAUAUGCUAGAACUGUAUAUGUCUCCUUCGUACUUCUUACAAAAAGAAGAAGUUACCUUUUCUCAUGUUAAUGAAAUAUUUUGUGCAAACUUACCACCAGAGUUGUCCCAUUUUGAAGUGGAUGAUCAUAUAAUAGACAGAACUGUGUUGGAAUCUUUGUGGAUCUGCUUGUCAGAUGAUAGCGAAAACUUUUAUCAACAUCAGAAAGAAUUUGUUAGACACUGGGCCUUGUUGCCAUCAAAAAGUCACUUCCUCUAUCGAUCAGAUUCUCCAGUACUACCUAUUCGUGAAACUAGUAAUACAGCAUUACAUAAGGAAUCAAGAUUGAAAAUAAUUUUGUUUGAUUUUCUUUGUAUCCCUUCACUUGAUUUGACUGUGCAUAUCAAUGCUUCCAAAUAUUGUCCUGUGCUUUCUGACUACGAUCAAGUAUUUCGAGUGAUAUAUAAUAAGCAAAAUCAGUGCAACAUCCUUGAAAGUUCAGAGUUGUCUGAAGAAGACAUUAAUAUAUUAUUGUGUUAUUUCAGUAGAACUUCUUUCAGACACACCUCUGCAAUAAUGAACCAGAUCAAAUCUUUCCCUAUAUUUAAGACAGUAAGUGGGGUAUUUACCUCAUUGUUGGGAAAAAGUGUGUAUUUAUGGCCAAGAGGUGGCUUCUGUUUGGCUGGAUAUGAGAAGUGGGCCUUGUUGGAAAAUGUUGUGUUUCUUGAGUACAAUGGAUCAUGGAGAAAUUUAUGUGGAACUGAUUUUGCAUUAUUAGGAGAAAUUCCUGAUGAGAGAGAAAUAUACUGCAAAUUAAUUUUCCCUUGCUUUGCUGAACUAACAGAGGCAGAGAGAAAGCAACAUCUUGAAUAUAUCAGAGACAAACUUCUCGAUAAUGCAAUAUUUCAAGCUAAGCCUAAUUAUGUGCAUAGUUCAAUGUAUCCACUUGCAGUGAAGUUUGUAACUGCUCUAAAGGCAUUAAAAUGCCUUAUGCACAAUAACAUUUUAUUGAAUAUUGCUAGUUUCUGUGAUCACACUCUGCCUAUAUUCACUACUUUUCCUGAGCAUUUUCAUUUUGUAAAUGAUGAUUACCGCUCAGAGGAUUGGCUAGAAUUUUUUCGUAAACUUGAUUUGCAAGUGAAUAUAGAUUUUGAAACCUUUGUCCGAUUAUCAGAGCAAGUUUCAAGAGGUGAUCAUCCUGAACUAAGGACAGCAUCAAAUGUUUUAUUUUCAUACAUUUUCUCAAAAUUUGCUGCUAAAUCAUGGCACAGCAACAAAUACAAAAUGUCUACAAUUGGUGACAUAAGAUUUGUCAGAACAGAUAAACUUCAACAGUUUACUUGGAUCAAAGCUCCCUGCAGUCCACCAUAUGAACAUCAGUCUCAAAAUAUUGGCCUGACAAAGCUCAAUGAAGCUGUAUUUUACAAAAAUGCACCACUUAUAUGGACAGUCAGGCCAGUAAUUGUCCUACCUACACUUUCUCCCCUUAUGACAAAUAUUGAGGCUUUGGCUAUUUUAAAAGAGCUAGGAGUGACAUUAGAUCCAGAUCCAAAAGAAGUUUACCAAAAUAUCAUUAAUAUCUCACGAACAAACUUAGCAAAUCCACAUUUAUUUUCAACAUAUGAUCCUGUUCUUGAAUGUCGUGAUGAUGAUGGAAGUCGAGCUGAUAUUUUUAAUGUCAUUUCUCAGAAUAUUCAUUACUUACUUGAAAAUGAACAUAAUGAACUCCUGCAACAGCUAACUGAUGUGCCAUGCAUACCAGUUCAUGCUGAUGAAACAAGUAAAAGCAAAUUAGUCAAACCCAUUCUUGUCAGACCACAACAGGUCUUGGGUUCACAAGCUGCUUCAGGUUUUUUUCCGUACCUUCAUAAUGUUCCAAUCAAGUUGUCUGGCAUAAUGGAAGCCUUAAAUAUUAUGGGUGUUAGUAAUGAGCUAGAGUUAAGACACAUCAACUAUAUGCUAAGACUGAUGAAUCAAUUCCAUUCCAGGAGUGCUAUUGCUGAACCAAAUGAAAUAAUUCGCAUUGAAAGAGCAAUUUGUAAGCUUCAUGUUCUUCUAGAUGAACACAUUACAAAAUCUGAUAAAUUAUCACAGCUUCAGUCAUUGUGCCUACCAGCUCAAAUAAAUCAGUUACAAUUUAAAUUGGUUCCACCAAAGCAGCUUGUUUUUCUAGACACCAAAAGGUUCAGCCAAUUAAGUCCACAUCAUUUUUCUAAUUCAUCAUAUUCUUUAUUUACUAUUCCUGUUGGAAUUAUUAAGUCUAUCCCUGAAAAGGAUUUCUCUUUUACAUUACCAAAGCCAAUUAUUAGACCAGUUGGUCUCACUGAAAAAAAAUUCUGCCUUAAAUUACCAAAGGAAAUUAGACCAAUUGGUCUUUCUCUUUGUGCCCAUGAAACAGUUGUUGAAUUUAGCAUAAGUGAUAAAAGCCCUCUGGUUCAGCAUUUCGAAAAUUUUAGGAAUUCGUUUUCACAAAUAGCUGCACACUUUUCUAACUUGAUUCAGCCAUCAUUACCUACUGAGACUUCUGUAAAUGAAGACAUAAGGGCAAAUUUUGUUGCAAAAUUACAAGAAAUAUUACUUGAAAUGGAUGUAGUGGCAAUCAUUGACUUAUGUGUAAGAGUGAGGCUAGGUGACGACAUUGAGUCCAUUGGAGAGUUUAAAGUUACUUAUUCACUUCAGAGGAAUAACCAAAAAUAUACACUUUAUGUAGAUACAAAUAUUUCACCUAGUCCAAGCCUAUGGAAAGAAAUGGCUCAAACUCUUUGCAUAGAAAUUAGUCGUACUCUUGACUGUGAUUUAGUAAAAUUCUUCAGUUGUAGAAAUUUUCUCAGUCAAUUACUUGCAGUGCAAACAAUGGAUGAAAUGCAAGAAUUAGUGCAGGAACAAGAUUUCAAUGUAUUAUCUAAUAUCAGUGAUGAAGUGAGAGAUGAUUAUGUUCCUAAGAUUGGUUGCUCUCUACCAGAAGCAUUAGUCAGACUGCUUUCUCAAGAUAUAAAUCAUAUUUUAAGACCUCAGGAUCUAAUUGGAUAUGAAAAGGCAGCAAAUCAUUACAUAUGGGCUAUGAUACUUUAUCCUGUUGAUGACAAUUCAAAUGAACCUAAGCUAAAACGAUACAUGAUAGCAUGGUCUGAAACUGAAGAGCCUAAAAUAGUAUCAUCUGUUUACUUAUACAAGUUUGUACCUGAAGAAACGGUUGAAUUAAGCUUGGACACAGCCGUAGUUACUUCAGAAGGUGGAUCAUCAGAGCUUCAGCUGAUUAAAGAUAGCAAAGAGCUGCUUGCAAUAAAAUGUAAAAUUGCUAAAGAACUAAAGCUCAUAUGGAAUUCUGAUCUGACCAGUGAUGAAAAGAAAAAAGCAGUGCGUAGGAUGUUUUUAAAAUACCACCCAGACAAAGUAUCAGGUAAUAAGAUUCUUUAUGAAGAAGCAUUCAAGUAUUUAUUGAGGCAGCUUGAGCGACUAGAGAAUGGGCUGCCAAUAGAAGAACCAGAAGAUGAGGAAACAGAAGAUGAUGACUAUAAGUCAUCUGUUUGGCAUGAUUAUUAUGACAAGUGUAAGGAUGAUAUCAGUAGAUCAAGUUAUGGAGGAGGAGGAGGAGGA